UUGGGUGUCGAGUUGGUGUCGGCGUCGUUGGAAAUCCGUGGAUGGGCCGCAAGUCGCCGCUUCCGGGAGACUUCUUCCGCCGACCCGCGCUUGGUGACGCAGCUCGCGCCGAGUACAUUCGCCGAGGCCAGGCAGCGCUGGUGGACCUCAUUGAGAAGACAAGGCUCCUUGGAGGUCCGAUUGAGUGGACGCGAGUUCACACGUCGUCUGGCGGAGUCACGACGUACCGCGGUGUGGAUCCAGGGACGCAAGCCACUGUCUUCUUGCGUGUCAAGUCUGAUAUUGAUGCUUCGUUGGAUGAAGCGGCGUUCCUGUUUCGCCCACCGCGGCAGUACGACCACACGUACCUCCGCGAAUUCGUCGUCGACAGCCAAACGCUGUACACCGUUGCGACGCCGUCGCGGCAGCACCCCCACAACAGCAUUCGAUUGCAAUGGCUAGCCAUUGACCCGAAACUUGUGGGCAUUCGAGACUUUUGUGUGUUGGAGUACCAAGACGACUUUGUGCGAGAAGGCGUGCGGGGAUUCGGGCGAUGCUUCCACUCCGUCGACCUUCCCGCGGUCUGCCCCGACUUGCAAGCCACCUGCGGCUACACUCGCGCCACGUUGAUUUUUGGCGGCGACAUCUUUAUCGAGAACAUCCACCGCCCCGGCACACUCACGUUGUUUCGACUGUUUCACCAAGACAUGAAAGGACGGGGCCAGUGGUUCCUGGCAUGGGCUGGCCAGCGCAUGCUGUCCCGGCAAGUUGCCGUUGCCGCCGACCACUUGCGCCUCGAACGCCAGUCCCAACCUGCCUUCGCGACGUCCAGUACCUCCAUGUCGCAGCGGCACAGCUCGCACGUCCAGGAUGAAGCGCCGCGCUCCACAAGGCGAACGCGAUGCUCGGUGUGCCAAACUCGGUUUUUCCUUGUGUUUGGCUCGGCCAAAUACACGUGCGCUCAAUGCGGCCAGAUCGUAUGCAAGUACUGCCACGUCGCUGGAUCGCUGCGGCAACCCAGCAAUUCCACACCGCUCGCAAGGGUGUGCACCCUGUGCUCCACCAAGUCCAAGACCCAGCGUGAUUCCCACGCGCUGCAAGUGUCAUGGACGACGCAUGCAAUGAGCCACAGCCAACGCAGUUCGACGCACAGACCACCUGGUUCAGCGUCCCUCGCGUCUUCGAUGCGGUUCUCGCAGCCGCGUUCGGAAUCGAAUCUCGUCCACGACCCAUCCGCGCCAGUGAUGUCCCGGCCCCCAUCGUCGGUUCGAAGCAGCAGCCAUCCACCUCUGUCGCUCGGUCGGAGUCAAAGCGCUCGGUCCAGGGAAGUCGCCCCUCGCGUGGAUUCCAUCGACUCCACGGAGAGUCGGCGGUCCCCAGCAAACCAUGUGAACGAAGCAACUCCAUGCGCUCUUCCAACGGAUGAAGAACGGGACGAUAUUGAUGAUUUGGAUGCGAUGCCACUAUUGGAUGCCACACCGACAAUGCACGCGGCUGCAGCCGACGGUGGCGUCCGUGAUGGGGAGAGCUCUGUCGUAUCGAGCUUUGUCGUCGUCGAUGUGUACCAUAACCCACCGUCGCCGCACCUGUGCGCCCUGAUUCAACAUUUGCAAGCGCGAGACAAUUCUUGCGGGGAUUUCCUCGCACCGGACCUGCCACCAUCGUCCAACAUAUUGGGUCACGCCAAGGAUGAUGCCAGAGACAUGGCGAGCCCAAAUGACUUUGCGUCCGAUGCGGCCACGAUCGCCACAGACUACGGGGAAGUCGGAGGGCGGUAGCGCCAGGAAAAUGUAGAUGCGGGCUAUUCUAGCCUUUCAUGAGUUAUAACUUCAUUUUGCGAGGGGGGGCGCUGCGACG